AUGGAUUUUGGAUGUUCAGAAGCGAGCGUGUGGAAGGAAGCACUCUCUGCAUAUCCAUCUCGAAUUCAAACACUCUCGCUCACAAAAUCCAAACCCAAUUUGGUUUCUCUCGAUCACUUCUACUGUAACCACCUUCCUUCUCUCCUUCGCCAACGAAACCCUAACCCCUUUCUCACCACUUCAGAACUCUCCACUCUCAUGCAAUGGAAGCUCACGCGCGGAAAAUGGAGGCCGCGUCUGUUGGAUUUCGUUUCAUCCCUAGACGACGCCGUUGUGAAAUCCGCUUCCGAGAAGGCAUUUCAGAGCCUUCCCGAUAUAUCCAAAGCCGUCUCCGAACUCUCUGUCUUGAAAGGCGUUGGUCCCGCCACCGCGUCUGCCGUUUUGGCUGCUUUUGCCCCUCACUUAACCCCUUUCAUGUCUGAUGAGGCUAUGGAGGCAGCUCUUGGAAACUCAAAAGAUUAUUCGCUGAAGCAAUAUCUAAAAUUCGUAGAUAAGUUGCAGAUGAAAGCGAAGGAACUAAGUUCAGAAGUGGACUCAUUUACCCCAUCUGAUGUAGAAAGGGCAUUGUGGAGUUAUGCCGUGGCGCAGUCAUCAGCAUCCCAAUCAAAUCAGGACGACACUAAGACCAAACCAAUCAGGAGCUCUAAAAGGAAGAGAAAAAAUUGA